AUGGAUAAGUACUCUAUGAUUCCCUGCAAGGGCUGCACCCUCUGGCAGGGGCUCCUGCUCACAGCCUCACUUUUAACAUGCUGGUAUCCACCCGCCAUUGCCCAAGUCACCAUUGAAUCAGUGCCACACAGAGUGGUCGAAGGAGAAGACGUUCUUUUCCUUGUCCAUGACCCCUAUGUACAGAACAACAAUGUACAUGCACUGGGUCCAUUCCACAGUGGCAGAGAGACAAUGUACCGCAAUGGAUCCCUGUGGAUUCGCAAUGUCACCCAGGCUGACACAGGAGUCUAUACCCUAGGAAUCUUAAGUGGCCCAAGAGAAAUUCUAUCAAAAACAUCCAUGUACCUUCAUGUGUACUCGAGCAGCUUCCACUGUGGGCGUUCUCCCACUUCUUCCCAGCCCACGAUUGAAUCAGUACCAUCCAGCGUUGCAGAAGGAACAAGUGUUCUUCUAGUGGUUCACAAUCUCCCGGAGAAUCUUGGAACACUUUUCUGGUACAAAGGAGAGAUUGUGUUCAACAAGCUUGAGGUUGCCCACCACAUAGUAGCCACCAAUUCAACUGUGUUGGGCCCUGCACACAGUGGCAGAGAGAUAGUGUACAGCAAUGGAUCCCUGCUGCUCCAGAAUGUCACCUGGAAUGACACAGGAUUCUACACCCUACGAACUCUGAGUACAGAUCUGAAAGAUCAAGUAGUACGUGUCCUGCUCCAGUUGGAUACCUUCCAUUGUGGGCACCAUCUCACCUUUGCCCAGCCCACUAUUGAAUCAGUUCCACCCAGGGUUGCUGAAGGCGGAAGUGCUCUUUUAAUUGUUCACAACCUCCCAAAGAAUAUUCGAGCCAUUUUCUGGUACAAAGGAGUGAUUUUGUUCAAAGACUAUGAGGUUGCCCGACACAUAACAGCCACAAAUUCAAGUGUGCGGGCCCUUGCACACAGUGGCAGAGAGACAAUGUACAGUAAUGGAUCCCUGCUGCUCCAGAAUGUCACCAGGAAUGACGCUGAAUUCUACACCCUACGAACUCUGACCACUGAUCUGAAAGUUGGAUUAGUCCAUGUGAAACUCCUGGUAGACACCUCCCAUUCUGUGUGCUGCAACUCUCUCACUUCUGUCCAACUCAUGAUAGAGCCAGUGCCACAGAAUGCUGUUAAAGGGGACAGCGUUCUUUUCCUUGUUCACAAUCUGCCAGAAGAUCUGCAAGGCUUUACCUGGUACAAAUCAGUGUAUAGCACCCAGAGUUCUAAAAUUGCAGAAUAUAGCAGAGUCACGAAUUACAUCACCCAGGGGCCUGCCUACAGCGGAAGAGCAGUGGUGUACGCCAAUGGAUCCCUUCUGCUCCAGGAUGUCAUGGAGAGAGAUGCAGGGUUCUACACACUACAAACUUUAAACAGAGAUUUCAAAACUGAAAACGCACAUGUACAACUCAAUGUAUACACCUGCAGACUUCCUCCUACCAAUGUCCAGUUCUCUAUUGAGACAAUGCCACCCCAUGUUGUUGAAGGAAAAAAUGCUCUCCUACUUGUUCAUAAUAUCCCAGAGAAUCUUCGAGCCUUUUCCUGGUCCAAAGAGGUAACCAUUGUCAGCAGACAUGAAAUUGCACGGAAGGUAAUUACUGCUAAUAAAAGUUUUCUGGGGCCUGUACACAGCAGUAGAGUGACUGUGUACCCCAAUGGAUCCCUGCUGCUCCAAAACACCACCCAGGAGGACUCUGGAUACUACACCCUACGAACCUUAAAUACACAGUUUGAAACGCAAGAAACACAUGUGUACCUCCACAUAUACAAGCCUGUGACACAGCCCUUUAUCCAAAUCACCAGCACCACAGUGACAGCACAGAGCUCUGUGGUCCUCACCUGCCACUCACGUGACACUGGAGUCUCCUUCUCUUGGAACUUCAAUAGCCGAAGUCUGCAGCUCACAGAGAGGAUGACGCUGUCGCCGACAAAGUACAGGCUCAGAAUAGAUCCUGUCAGGAGGGAAGAUGCUGGAAAGUAUCAGUGUGAGGUGUUCAACCCAGUCAGUUCAAAGACCAGUCUCCCAGUCAGCCUGGUCGUGAUAAAUGAGUGA